AGAUCAGACAUGUGGAGGCUGCUCUGGAUCAGAAUGUCUGCCAUUGUGUGAACCGAUAAAAGGUCCAAGGUCACCCUAAACUAUCUCUCUCUCCGCAGAUUAAUUUCUCCGCUGGCAGCUGAGAUAAACCGGAUGUGUGACCUCGGGGUGGAAGUGGGGCAGAGGCUCCAGGAUGUCUCCUGUGUUUAGAUUGCCUCUCAUCUGUGGGACGAGACCCUUCUGACUUCAGGACGUCCGUCUGAAUUAGUUCCCCCUGAAGAACCAGAAUGAGUUCUCCACAAAAGAAACGGAGUGGAAGAAGAGUCAAACGUCACCGCUGUCACCACUGUGACAAAUCCUUCACAACUUCAGCCUCUUUAAAGAUUCAUCAGAGACUUCACACUGGAGACAAACCAUACAGCUGUGAUCAAUGUGGGGCAGCUUUCACAAACCAGAACCACCUAAAAAGUCAUCAACACAUUCACACUGGAGAUAAACCUUACAGCUGUGAUCAAUGUGGGGCUGCUUUCAGACAACAGAGUAACCUAAAAAGACAUCAACUCAUUCAUACUGGAGACAAACCUUACAGCUGUGAUCAGUGUGGGGCAGCUUUCAGACUACAGGAAACCCUAAAAAGACAUCAACUCAUUCAUACUGGAGACAAACCUUAUAGCUGUGAUCAAUGUGGGGCAGCUUUCAUACUACAGGAUACCCUAAAAAGACAUCAACUCAUUCACACUGGAGACAAACCUUACAGCUGUGAUCAAUGUGGGGCAGCUUUCACACAGCAGAGUCACGUAAAAAGACAUCAACGCAUUCACACUGAAGACAAACCUUACAGCUGUGAUCAAUGUGGGGCAGCUUUCAGACAACAGGGUACCCUAAAAAGACAUCAACGCAUUCACACGGGAGAAAAGCCGUACAGCUGUGAUCAAUGUGGGAAAACCUUUUCUCUGAGUGGUGCCCUUAAAUCUCACCAGCGCAUUCACACUGGAGAGAAGCCAUACUGGUGUGAACAAUGUGGGGAAACCUUUUCUCAGUUUAAUAACCUUAAAUGUCACCAGCGCAUUCACACUGGAGAGAAGCCGUACUGGUGUGGACAAUGUGGGAAAACCUUUUCUCACAAUAGGGACCUUAAAACACACCAGCGAAUUCACACUGGAGAGAAGCCGUACUGGUGUGAACAAUGUGGGAAAACGUUUUAUGAUAGUGGUAACCUUAAAUCUCACCAGCGCAUUCACACUGGAGAGAAGCCGUACUGGUGUGGACAAUGUGGGAAAACCUUUUCUCACAAUAGGGACCUUAAAACACACCAGCGAAUUCACACUGGAGAGAAGCCGUACUGGUGUGAACAAUGUGGGAAAACGUUUUGUGAUAGUGGUAACCUUAAAUCUCACCAGCGCAUUCACACUGGAGAAAAGCCUUACUGCUGUGGACAAUGUGGAGAAACUUUUGCCCAUAGUAGUAACCUUAAAAAACACAAGCGCAAUCACACUGGAGAAAAGCCGUACAGCUGUGAACAAUGUGGUAAAACUUUUUCUGAUAGUUAUAGCCUUAAAAAACACCAGCGCAUUCACACUGGAGAAAAGCCGUACAGCUGUGAACAAUGUGGGAAAACCUUUUCUCUGAGUGAUCACCUCAAAUCUCACCAGCGCAUUCACACUGGAGAGAAGCCGUACUGGUGUGGACAAUGUGGGAAAACCUUUUCUCAUAGUUCUAACCUUAAAUCUCACCAGCGCAUUCACACUGGAGAGAAGCCGUACAGCUGUGGACAAUGUGGGAAAACCUUUUCUCACCAUAGUACCCUUAAAUCUCACCAGCUCAUUCACAAACCGAGAGGAAAAGGAGUCAAACGUCACCACUGUCACCACUGUGACAAAUCCUUCACAACAUCAGGAUAUUUAAAGAUUCAUCACAGAGUUCACACUGGAGAAAAGCCAUACAGCUGUGAUCAAUGUGGGGCAACUUUCACACAACAGAGUAACCUAAAAACACAUCAAAGCAUUCACACUGGAGACAAACCUCACAGCUGUGAUCAAUGUGGGGCAGCUUUCACACUACAGAGACACCUAAAAAGCCAUCAACGCAUUCACACUGGAGAGAAGCCGUACAGCUGUGAUCAAUGUGGGGCAGCUUUCACACACCAGGUUGCCCUUAAAACACAUCAACGCAUUCAUACUGGAGAGAAGCCGUAUAGCUGUGAUCAAUGUGGGGCAGCUUUCACACGCCAGGAUAUCCUAAAAAACCAUCAACGCAUUCAUACUGGAGACAAACCAUACAGCUGUGAUCAAUGUGGGGCAUCUUUCAGACAACAGAGUAACCUAGAAAACCAUCGACGCAUUCACACUGGAGAGAAGCCUUACAGCUGUGGUAAAUGUGGGGCAGCUUUCACACAAAAGGGAGACCUUAAAACUCACCAGCGCAUUCACACUGGAGAGAAGCCGUACAGCUGUGAACAAUGUGGAGAAACCUUUUCUCAAAGUAGUAACCUGAAAUCUCACCAGCGCAUUCACACUGGAGAGAAGCCGUACAGCUGUAAACAAUGUGGGGAAGCUUUUUCUCAAAGUGGUGCCCUUAAAUCUCACCAUCAGCGUAUUCACACUGGACAGAAGCCGUACUGGUGUGAACAAUGUGGGAAAACUUUUUCUCAGAGUGGUGAACUUAAAUCUCACGAGCGCAUUCACACUGGAGAGAAGCCGUACAGCUGUGAACAAUGUGAGGAAACUUUUUCUCAUGGUGGCAGCCUGAAAUCUCACCAGCGCACUCACACUGGAGAGAAGCCGCACUGGUGUGAACAAUGUGGAAAAACGUUUUCUCAGAGUAUUGAACUUAAAGUACACCAACGUAUUCACACUGGAGAGAAGCCCUACAGCUGUGAACAAUGUGGGAAAUUCUUUUCUCAGAGUAGUAACCUUAGAUCUCACCAGCGCACUCACACUGGAGAAAAGCCGUACUGGUGUGAACAAUGUGGAAAAACCUUUUCUCAUAGUGAGAACCUUAAAAAACACCAGCGCAUUCACACUGGAGAGAAGUCGUAUAGCUGUGAACAAUGUGGAAAAACAUUUUCUCGUGGUGAUACCCUUAAAUCUCACCAGCGCAUUCACACUGGAGAGAAGCCGUACAGCUGUGAACAAUGUGGGAAAACGUUUUCUCAGAGUAGUCACCUUAAAUCUCAUCAACAGCGCUAUCAUACUGCCCCGUUGUGAACAUGUUUCCUACGAGGCGGUUUAACAAGUUUAAAGGCUCGGACACACCAACCUGACAGCUAACCUUCGGCAGA